GCCAGCGCGCGACACACGACGCUCCACGCCCAUGUCGCCGCCCUCGACCGCCCACGCGCGCUAUGGAUGAGGCUGCGUCCCGUCCCGCUGCCGGCGGCCCUGCCUCUGCCAGCACAUCGACGACAGCGCAGCCCACUGCACGCCCCGGCGCGCCCCAGACCGCGCCGAGAGUGCAGCAGCCCAAGCCGCAAGCACUGCCCUCGCGCUCGGGGCCCAGCACCAUCCUCGUGUCGCCGCGCCAGAAGGGCAACCCCAUCCUGGCCAGCGUCAAAACAGUGGCAUGGGAAUACUCGGACAUUCCCGCAGAUUAUGUGCUGGGUGCGACAACAUGCGCCCUCUUCCUGUCGCUCAAAUACCACCGUCUGCACCCCGAGUACAUCUACAACCGGAUACGCGACCUCAAGGGCCAGUACCAGCUGCGCAUCCUGCUGACCAUGGUGGACAUCGAGAACCACGAGGAUUCACUACGAGAGCUGUCCAAGACAUCGCUGGUCAACAACGUCACCGUCAUGCUGGCUUGGAGCGCGCAGGAAGCUGGCCGCUAUCUGGAGCUGUUCAAGACUUUUGAGCACGCUGCGCCUACUAGCAUCAAGGCCCAGCAGUCGUCUAGCUAUUCGGACAAGCUGGUUGAAUUCAUCACGGUGCCGCGCAGCAUCAACAAGACCGACGCAUUAGGCUUGGUGUCCAACUUUGGCAGUGUACGCACGGCCAUCAACGCAUCGCCAGAAGAGGUGGGGCUAAUUGCUGGCUGGGGCGAGAAGAAGGUUCAGCGCUGGUGCAAUUCCGUCAGGGAGCCCUUCAGGAUAAAGAAGGCCGCGAAACGAGGCGUGACUCGAGAGAAUACUCUGGGCACACCGCAGAUCGGCUUGUCCCGAGGCGUUUCCAUGGCAGAAGGAGACGAUCCAAUGCUCGACGACACAUUGGAAGAGUCUGUGCAUCGGAGAGUCGACGAUGCGGUCCCCUUGGCAGCGAAGCUUUCGAGGACGGCACCUAUCACCGCUGCACCGGAUGCUGAUAGACGACCGUCUCACCGCAUUGCAGAAGAUGAGUCAGUUUCGCGAAGCAAUGCCGCACUGAGAGCGCCUCAGGGAGGCAGUGAGGCAGCUCCCGAGAACACGAAGAAGCGGAAGCAGGACGACGAGAACGUGAGCGAUGGCAUCAUGGCUGCAUUGAACAAGCUGCGGCAACAGCGAUGACGAUACUGCUAGUCAGAGAUCGCGAAUGAGAUAUCCUUCAUACAUCAAAUCCUAUGUACCGUGCCCUUACGCGACUCAUUAACGUUGAAUAUGUCUCACACAUACCGUCUUUCCAUUUUUUUAUUCAUACAAUUUACUUCACCAGACCGCGUCAUGUCAUGGGCUACGAUACUCUGCCUUUAUACACGACCACCGGCUU